AUGUCAUCAGAUAAACAUUGUUGUGUUCCCGGGUGUACAGAAAAUCAAGAUUGUCAAAAUUUGACUCCUUCAUGUAUGAAAAUGAGCAUGCUAUCUUCUAUACCUUACAAAAGGAAAAUAUUGAACCAUCAGUCGAGGCAAACAUUUCACAUCCAAGUAUUUCUACGAUUGGCAAUGUACUGUCUCCAUGUGCCAUUGAAAAAAACGAUCUUCAGGAAAGUGGUAAAAUAA